AGUUUUCGAAACAGACAAACAAGAUCAGUCUAUGCAAAUGCAAACAAGAGCUUGUCAUGCUUAAACGUUCUAAAUGUUAGAUUUAUCGAUGGGCCACAUCACUUAGAACACUUUGUUUCUUUGUGAAACAUGCACAGGAAUCUACAUGGAAUAGGCUUCGCAAGCGAAUGUGGCAGCAAAAAGGUAACUCAAUUAAAGAUUAGCUUCAGGGCCUUGUGUACCCCACGGGUUGUUUCACAGAGCAUUUAUUACCACGUAGUGUAGGUUUAUUCAUAUCACUUUUGAUUUUAGGGAUACUGAAAAAUUCCGAUUGAUUCCUACACUUUGCAGCCUUCAAAGUUUCCAGAAGAUUUUUAGCAAUAAACUGAUAAACAAUUUAUGAAGCAAAUAUUAUAAUUGACCUUAAAUUCUCUUAAGCUCUAUUAGCUUCUAGCUACAAGCUCAAUGUAGUUUUUAAUUCAAAGCUUCUGUCGCCAUUAGCUAAUGUGCUCGAUAUCUAGCAAAAGUCAUGACCAGAGUUGAUAAUAUCGAAAGAAGGAAUAUUUUUUGCGACCCUGAGUAGUGAGGAGACAUAUGUUCAUAUUUCCGCCUCAGUGACGAAACUAGGUCGCCAGUUUUAGUCAUGAACGCCUGUGACCAGCCAGUUCAAAUACAUACACGUAUUAUAAGUCGUAGCAUACCACCCCUUUUCUGUCUACUAAAACGGAUGUCGGCAAGUUUAUGCUUCUCUGUUGCCCUCGCUGUUAAAAUCGUAGGUAAACGUAAAGUAUUGUGCAGGUCUAAAGGCCGACACGGUUGAUAACCCAGCCGCAGUCAUUGCGCGUUUUAUGUGACACAUUACGGCUCUUCUGCUUUUAGUUGGCAACAACAGAUAAAAAAGCACCCCAUUCGUCGGAAUUAGUAAAAAACUUGAGAAUUCACAAGUGAACGAAAAGAUAUUGGUCAUAUCGAUUCUGAGUGUAUACAGUCAAAUGAUGACUUACAAGGCCGAUAAAGCUAAUUGUCAUGGAGUCAAUAUGGAUUACCGUACUUCAACAUUGAAAAUAUAUGUAAUACUACAUGCAAUACAAUUAUGAUGACAGUAAGGGUGUGCUUAGUUAUCUUCUUAUAUUUGAGUGUCGCGGAUAUAAGAAACUUGAUAUGGUCCAUAUCUGAGUUGUUGUAAGUUUUCUUAUCUGUUUUGUACGUCAGUGUUGUGUUGCUUAGGUAGAUUUUUUUCAUCAUCGUGUUGUUCUCUUUGGAAUUCAAUAAACCGAUACUGAUAAACCGAUAAUGCAUAAUGCUUGGUUCUAACAAACAAUCUAGUAGUAAAUGAUUUCUGAACUUCUUAUGUACUUGCUUCCACGCAAAAAGGAAAAGCCCUGUCUCUUGUAAUUAAACCAACUAAACUCCCUGAUAUCCAGUAAAGCGGAACCUUGAGGGCUCAAUAGCUGUUCUCCUGCUAAUAUAACGCGCUCGGUUAACCAACUCAAAUCGUCAACAAAUCUUAAAUCUAGUUGUUGUGUUCAAUAAAUACCCUCGACAGCAAAUGUCGCGUUAAACACCCUUCUUGAAGGCAUUGGUUUUUUCUUAUCAUAGUCAUGCCAGUCAUAUUCAUACUCUCCUAAUUGUCUUAUUAAUUGUGCGGCUUGCCAACUCCUUUACGCGUGACUUCGUUUGUAAAGUUUCAUGGUCUUGUAAUCAUGAAAAUAAAAAUAAAAAACAAGACAAAUGAAAGCAAUGACAAAGCGAGUUGAUCGUUAAUUGUGGUGUGAGUCACGUUUUAUCUUUCUUGCCAAUGUAGGUUAACAAUGAAUUUCCAAGACAUGAACGUUUUCUUCUGCAUCAAAUUUGCUAAAUGGCGACUGCAUCACCUUCACCCCUGGCCAGCUCUCCAGCGAAGACAAAUGGAAACAAGCUGAGCAGGCUUCUCAUCGAUGGCGGAACAACGGUGCUGAGGAAUAUUUUCGAUCAUUAUCACCCACCUGGCAACUUGGCUUCUGACCUCAAUUUCAAUUACUCCAUUCUUAACAACCUUUUGCGUAAAAGAGUGCUAAAUGGCCAUCAGUGGGACAAACUCUUCCCCUCUGGUGGAGGGGUGCCAGACUCCAACACGUUUGACAUCACUCUUCUGUUCCUGCUGCUAACUACCAUCUGCGGCUUAUCCCCUCCCCUGACAGGAUGGCACACCAAGCCGCCCCCUGGUGAUAACACUCUUGAGGCUAACCUUGCUCGCGUUAAGUUCUUCCGGAAUGAGUUGUAUGGUCACGUGACGUCCACAGGGGUUGAUGCGACAUCUUUCUCCUCCUUCUGGCAUGAAAUAAGCAUUACUCUUCAUUCGCUGGGUUUAGAUCAAGCUGAUAUUGACAGACUGAAGGCAGAGCAUGGAGCAGAGGAAGAUUACCUUGAUGCCUUAAUUGAGUGGGCUGACAGUGAAGAGGACAUAAAAACGCAGCUGAAAGACAUCCACCAGACGCAACUAAAACUCAGUAAAACAGUUGAAGAUGGCAAUUUAAACAUGGAAGAGCUACGUCAAGCCCUAAGCAAAACUCAGGAUGUUGUAGAUGAAGCAGUGGAGAUAGAAUUCAAAGGACAUCAAGAAUUGAGGGCAGCACACCGGGAAAGCAUGUCACGUUUAGAGGGAGUCUGUGAGUCCCAAACUAAAACCAGCCAAGCUGUGGACGAAAUUCGUGAAUCAAUCCAAGAAGUAAAACAGGAAGUAAAAGGCUUGACGAAAAAGAAAAGCGAGCACGCAGAUGAAGUGCUUAGGACCCUUGUGAAGUUUGAAUUCAAAGGAGAUAUAGAAUUUCAUGCAAAGAAAUUCCAGGAAGGAACUCGUGAGUGGAUCUUCAAGAGCAUCGAAGACUGGUUAGACGACCGGAGCUCGCCACAUCGGGCGAUGGUAAUCAGUGGAAAUCCAGGGAUGGGAAAGACUGUUAUCUCCGCUGUUGUUUCGCAAAGAAUUCAAAAAGCUGGAAGACUCUCGGGAAGCCACUUUUGUCAGCAUGACGAUUCACGGUACCGAGAUCCACGUUUAAUGCUCCAGUCUUUGGCCUGUCACUUGUGUCAAGCGAUGCCAAAUUACAAAGAUGCUCUAGUGGAACAGCUGUCAAGAAAUCUGGGUAAAGACCUCAAUAACAUGGGUGUUAAAGAGCUGUUUGCGUUGCUGUUCAAAGAGCCUCUAAGCACAGUACAAGAUCCUGAAAGAAACAUCCUAAUAGUCAUAGAUGGCCUCGAUGAAAGCGAGUACAAAGGACGAAAUGAGCUUCUACAUGUAAUUAGUAACCACUUUUCUAUGCUUCCAGUCUGGAUUAGAAUACUCAUUACAACUCGUCCAGAGAAGAACGUUACAGAGGCAUUGCGACAUUUGAAACCAAUAGAGCUUGAACAAAAACAAGAAGAAAACUUAAAGGACAUUCAAACCUUGUUUGAAACACAACUCAGCCUCAAAAUUGGUGAGGAGCAUAAAUAUGUUCUCUUGAAGGAACUGGUCAAGAAAUCAGAAGGCCUGUUUAUUUACGCUUACUUUAUAGUGGAUUUUAUCCAAAAGAAUGUUUCAAUUCUCACCCCUGAUCAGCUGGAAAGUGUGUUACCUUCAGAUAUUUCAUCUGUUUACCUUUCCUAUUUUACACGGUUAGAGGAUGAACUUUGCAAAGAGCUUAAUGCAGAUGAGGAACAUUUUUUGCGUCUCCUGUGUGCAUUGACCGCUGCAAGGGAACCAUUACCAGUAGAAUUCAUUGCCAAAAUUCUAAACCCGGGAGGAAAAUCAUUGACUGCGCAACGAAAAGUUAACAAAGCAAUAUCUUGCAUCUCUACACUGUUACCAGUUCGAGAGGGUCGUCUUCACUUCUUUCACAAGUCAAUCAAGGACUGGCUAGUAGCAUCAUCGCCCUAUGAACCACAUGAUUUCACCGUGGACGAGAAAGAAGGUGAUACUGUCCUUUCUGAUCUGUGUGCUUCUGAACUCGAUAGCAUCCAGCGAAAUGGGGUUCAUGGCAGACAGUUCACGAAUACUGAAUCAUAUGCUUUGCAUCAUGGUACCCAGCACAUGCUUCAGGUGGUGAACUAUCAUGACUGCGCUGACGCAACAAGAGCCAAUAGUGUCACAGCAGAACAGGUCUACAAAUACGCAACGGACCUGGAGCUUGUUUAUGCGAAACUUAAAGUUAAGAGCACAUUCGCUACAGAAGAUCUUCUCAGUCUUCACAGUCAAAAUUGCAGUUUAUUAAGCGAUGAAAGAGAGUUCGUUGUGACUUCUCUCCUUAGUCUUCUAAAAAAACACUCUUAUAUCUUGGUUGAUCACCCUCAACUGUUUUUCCAAUGUUUAGUUAACGAAGGGAUUCCUGAAUUAUCAUCUUCAGCAGCAGUUAUCCUUGAGUCGUCAAUGCCCCAAAUAGCCUACAUGAAAUACUUAGACGCAGGAGAACAGAAAGGAGCCGACCAGGCAAGAUUUGAGUGUUCAGACAAAAUCGUUUGCUUUGAUGUUUCACCUGAAAUGGAUUUCAUUGUGUGCGAGUGUCGAGAUGGAACUAUCCAUUUGUGGUCUCUUCAGACAGGCAACAAGAUUUGGGUUCGACCGACAUUAACGAAAAAAGAGUUUUAUUCUGGAUAUCCCGACAACACUGCAUACCGUAGUGUAGGUAAUCAUUCUUUGUCUUAUUACCGUUCUGUGACGUUUCAUCCAAAUGGGAAAUCUGUGCUAGCAGGGACACUCCAAUUUAUGUAUACUCUAAGUGGAGAGAGCAAGGACCUUUUCCCCAACAGCAAAUGUAUUUUUUCAAAUUUCGUCUUUUGCAAAGACAAGAAACAAAUUUUAACUGACUGCCCAAAUAAGCCAAAGGAGGUAGCCUUGUGGAAUAUGGUAAAUGGUGAAAAAGUUCUUACCAUCGCUGCUGACCAAGAAAUUGCUGCUUUUACCAUUUCGGAAGAUGGGUCACAAUUUGCUUUUUCCCAAGUGACUUGUGAAGUUAUUCUGUUUGACCGAGUUAACAAAAGUUUCCAGAUGAUUCUAGAAACUAGCUUGGUGGUUUGUGGGCUGAUGUAUUUCACAUCCGAUAAGAACAGUCUUGUUUGCGGGUUUCUUGAUUUUGAUUUCGAGGAACACCGUGGCUCAUAUAAAGGUUUCUUUUAUGGACCACCAAGUUUCAUAAGUAUCACUGUUAAUUCCGAUUCCGAUUUGGAACCGCUUCAAUUUAAAACUUUUAGGUUAUGGCCAUACAAUUCGUCAGGCACUUUGGACGUAUGGUAUGAUUUUAUAAUGGAGACCAUAAUCCCCAAACAUUGUCUGCAUGCAGGUUCCUACAUCAAACUCGAUGAUGAGUCGGCAUUGGUUGGUAGCCCAGCUUGUAAAUACGUCACAAUGAUAAAUACUGUCCAUGGGAUGGCGCUCAGCUCGAUAGAGGGUAGAGAUGUCAAACAGAUUGCCUUUUCUCUUGAAGGAGAUGCCAUUUAUUCAGUUGUUCCAGUCCCUGAAAGAGAGGUAAAAGUAACUGUUUUGAGAAUGUCAAGUCGUGACCUAGUGAACACAACAGUUUUCCUUGACUCCGUUUCCAUCUUUCCAACGAGGGAUGGUAUCGUACUUUUAAAACAUGACAGAGUCGCAGAGUUAUGGAGCUUUGAUAUGUCCACUUGUCUUAGACCUCUUCCCAAAGUUACCGGAUGCGACAUUGUUUCUUCUGUUUCAGGGGAACUGAUAGCCUGUUGUUCUUCGGUACCAUUUUACGAAUCGUCAGAGGAUUCAGAGGAUCUGGAAGAUCAGGAUUCCGAUAAUUCAGAGGACUGGCUUGAUUAUAUGGACGAACGGUCUGAUUCCCAGGACUACCUGACUAAGAGCAAGCUGAUUAUCAAUUACUUGGGCGUUAACCGUGCUAAAAGCACGACCGUUUCAUCGCUGAACACCGUUUUGGAUGCUGGUGAGGAGAUACUUUCAGUGUUUUGCAUUAAUCCAAGUGAAGUGCUAGUUUGCACCUCUAAAGAGACAGAAGUGAUCAACGUGUUAUUAGUGGAAGUAAAAGUCAGUUUAAGGAGAAAUAAUUUGAUUUUGUGGGAAAGAACGGCGUCCUGGAUCGAUCCAAUGGGUCUAAUGUCACACGUGCUCUGUUCCUCUAAACAUGAAUUUGUUGUCACUUGGAACACUCUUGAAGAAGGUCAUGGCCUGCAUAUACUUUAUGCAGAUACGGGAGAGACACUACACGUCUUCCUUGGAGACCAAAAUGACAUUGUUGAUUGUAAGUUUCUCGAUGAUGAAUCUCUGGUAUGCUGCAGUGGGGACAACUUCCUUCGACUGUAUAAUGUCAGAGCUGGAGUUCUGCUGAGUAUUCUAGACAUUGGAGAGCAACCUUUCUGUUUGGGAGCCUGUCUGUACCAGCCUCUUGUCGCCAUUGGUUUGUCCGCGACAAGAAUAAAAUUCGUCCACGUACAGCUGCCAAAAGAAACUAAAAAGACUGCAAGGUUAGUUUCUUUUAUCAGUUUGUUGGUCAUCGCGGUAGAUUAACUAUAUAGUGAAGCCCCCAAAAACCAAUCCUCGUUGUGCCAUGAAAAUUCCAUCGUAUAAAAGAGGUUUUCAGAUGAGAAAAUGAGUGUGUGUUUGCUUUGGUCGAAGCAAAUGCUGCGUAGUGACGGUGUCCACUGAACUCAGUCAACAACAUGAUAGUUCCUGUUGGUACCUGUUGGUUUGAGAGUGUUGUAAAACCACUUUCGAGAGUUUUAACGCGGUUUAGGUGUAGAAAUCCUUUUUUCUUAGAUCUUCCACCGCACGGAGAUGCAGGGCUGUCUAUCUUAGGUACUUCACAGCUGCCUAGUCCCUUAAUGAAUAGUGUAACGCAAAUGGGUCUUAACAUGAAACUAACGACUUUCAUAACUUCAAUUGAAUUGCAGCCUCAGUUAUCAAACACCAGUGAAUUAACCUCCUUAGAAGUCUCAGAGGAGCUGACACUUGACGAAAAGAGUUGGAUUCUCAAAUUAACGCCCCUGAAGGUAGCUGCCUUUCUGAGAACUCGUUGAGGGAGCUCCGCGAACACUGAAGAAGCAAUUGCACAGCGGGGAUUGAAAUCCAUUGGAACAGCCCUGAGGGACCGAUUUUUGUUUUCAAGUUAGACAUGUUUUAAAUUUGCAUAUCAUCACAG